CUGCCUUUCAGAUCUGUUUACUGGAGAACAUCUCUACAGAGGACUUGGGUGUUAUCAGCUCUGAGAAUUGUAUGGUUUUAUUCCUUUCAGGUGUGCCGCUUGAUCAGAUGAUGGUGUAACGCAGCCUUUGCCAACCGUACGUCGUACAGUUUUCUUUCCCGGGUGUCACAAAAUGUCAUCUAAUCUGCUACCCAUCAUUACGCAGAAGGAUCUGGAGAGUAUUUGCCUGACCAAGACUGGGUCAGGCUUCGCUCUCAGAGCUUUCCACGCGCCUCGGAAUACAGAUGUUUCCUUGAAGCUCCUGACAAGGCAGAAUGCAACAGAGAGAGAUCUGAAGGCCCUUCUUGAAGAGGUGGCUGGCACUCAGCGGAUCAUCCAGUGCAAGAGGCUGAUGCCUCUUCUUGGCAUCUGCCAGUUCCAGGGUGUUCUCGGGAUUGUCUCGGAGUGGAUGCAUCACGGCUGUCUCCAUGCACUCAUUCAUGAGCAUGAACUUUACCCGCAGCUGCCUUUUCCUCUGUGUGUAAGAAUCCUAUCAGAUGUGGCCGAAGGUCUAAGUUACCUACACGGUUUGGAGCAGCUCAUCCUUCACCACAGCCUGAAGCCCUCCAAUGUCUUACUGGAUCUGGAAUACAGAGCUAAGAUAUCAGAUUACGGACUGGCCACCUGGAGAAAGCAGCAAGUAAGGUCUCUCUUGCAGAACUGCAACAACCACAGUUGCUGGGAUUUGCUUUGUCUCUCCCCCGAAAUCCUGCAGGGAGGGAACUUCUCGCAAGAAGGCGAUGUUUACAGCUUUGGAAUGAUGUGCUGGGAAGUCCUAAGCAGACAGAAACCUUUCAAAAACAAGAAGACUUUGCUUGAAGCGGUGACUGGCGUUUGCAGUGGGAUGCAUCCUGGAAUUGAACCGGAAUUCAUACCACAAAGCCUCCCACAUCGCAACAAACUGCUUCACCUCAUUGUUCUGUGCUGGCACCAGGAACCCUCUUAUAGGCCAUCUGCAGCAGAAUGCAAAGCGCUUCUACAAGAUGUACUUAGCACAUAUAGGAAGGAGGAGAUUUCAGACGCGAUAUACAAUCUGAUGCAUGCAAAGGAUUGUGCCGUAGCUGCUGCCAAAGGCCCAGGAUCUCAUGUUCUUGGAACCGACAUACACAAUUUGGAGGUGAUUUAUAAUGAGAACAGCAGUGGGCCCAGGAAGGAGCUUAAUCUAAAAGCACAAGGCCUCGCUAACAUUCGUCUUGAGAAUGGGGCAGAAAAGUUUAGCAGUGAUGUCAGCCAACCAGCCCUCCUAAGCAACAACCCCCUUGAUGCAGCAUUAGGAAAAGGUGUGCGUCUUCCGGUCUUCCAGUCUUCCAGCAAAGAACCCAGUCCUCCUCCUCCAUCUUCUGUGUCCACCUACCUGGUGCCCAACCCAAGUGUGAGUGGAGGAAGCACCUUGCCCUUUUGGAAAGAGGCAGAGAGUCGGAAGCAGCCGCCACCACCACAGUUCGGGCAAGGACCUGGUCACAGCCCUUCCUACAGCAAGCUUCAGAACAACUGGACAGAAAACACAUCAACAGGGCAUUACAGCAGACAGAAAAGUUGCUCCAUCUUAGCAUGUGGGCGAGAAACCAUCUUGAGCUGCAUGACCGAAGGACGCCUGAACCACCUCCUAGACGUUCUGCGCUCCCAACAGCUCUUGUCCAGGAUGGACUACGAAAUGAUCACCUCUUUCCCUACGUUGACUGGCCGGGCCCGUGCUCUGCUCGACACUUGCCUUAAUCUUGGGGAAAAGGCCUCCCAGACCGUGGUGAAUGUCUUGUCUGCCAGCAAAUGCACACCUUUGCUCCAGAGCCUCCAGAUGAAUGCGGUGAAUUAAAGCAUGCACACCCUUGGGAGGAAAAAGAAAGGGUAUUUCUGUGGAACUGCCGGUUGCAGUAGCACUGAUUACUUACUUCUUUGUUUCUCGCUCUCACGGAUGAAAAGCUUUGCCCUAUGUCAGCGCAGAGACUUUUAUUCUUUCCAAGAAUCAAUGUGAGUUGGAUUGAGAAGACAAGGCACCCGGUGCCGGGAGUAAUAGCAUCAAUAGCCUUUCAAUGUUGAUGGCCACUCAGUUGGAGGUUUGUGGUGCUCCUGGCUGAGGUCUCACUCCUGGGCUCCCUGUCGAAGAGAACAGACAGGCGUAGCCGUGUGUUCAUAUGGUGGAGCAAGCAGCUGCAAGAAACCAAAGGAAGAGAGACGUGUUGCUCCAACAAAGCAGGAAGAAAGGUUUCCUGGGGUGAAACGGAAGUUAAGGACAAACAUCACAUCAGGCACUUUAUUUGAAAUGAAAUUUAAUUAGUAACAAACCUUCCAGAGUGCUUCCAGCCAUGCGGUGAGGUCGAGGGUCAGUGUUCUUAAAUAAACUAUGGGCAAGUUCAGAUUUUAGUCCCAGUUUGAGUAGAUCCGUUGGAGAAAAUGGACAUACAGUAUUAGUUGGCAGGAAUGGACAUCCAAUGUAUUUCCCCGGGCCAAUUUUAGUUUAUCCUAAGGCUAGCUGGAGAGCCCAGGGAGUGUGGUGGACAGAGGGCUGGGUGAGGACUCAGGAGACCUGGAUUCAAGCCACUGCUUUGCCAUGAAAAUUUACAGCGGUGGUGGUGAAUGAAACAUCUCAUGUUCCUUGAAAACCCUAUUAGCACUGCUAUAUGUUGCAUGUGACUGGCUGGCAUGGAACACACCAGACUAGUUCCGCCUAGGUCCCAUUGACAUCCAUAGGAAUGCAAGUCGUGACUGCAAUAAUUGAUUUCCAUAGAACUAUGUGCAGUUAACCUGGGAUUGUGCAGCUUGCCCAAGACCACAUAGGCUGGCUCUUCUCUCUGUAAGAACAGCGGGGAAUUGAACUCACAACCUCGGGUUCUGUAGCCAGACAGCUAUACCACUGAGUUCUCCUGCUAGCUGUUCAAAACCCUGAAAAGGGUCACCAUAAGUCAGAACUGACUUGAUGGCGCAUGAUUAUUCUCAUUCUGAGUUGUCGUUAUUAACAGGAAAACAUAUAUGUGAAAAUGAAAAUAUUCUCAUGUGGGUUAAUGGGGGGCAGAGAAGUGAUGGGGGGGACCUCUCUUCUGGGCUAGAACAUGUUGCAUUUCAAUCCAUUGUCAGAUAUGCAGGAUUUCUAAGAAUGUCAGUAGAAAGACUUCCAAAUAUUAGAAUCUGGGCAUGAAAUCCUUACCCUUAAAAAAAAAGAUGACAAAGAAAUGGGAAAUCUGUGUGUAGUAUGGCUUGUGGUUUUGUUGAAGUUGCCUUUUUAAAAUGUGUAUGUGUGUGUGUGUGUGUGUGUCAAACAGCCUCCGAAAACUGCUAAAUACCUUCUGUUGUUUGACCUCGGACCGUAACAAAUGUAUGUGAGCCAAUUAAAACAAAGUGCAGUGUCAAUGAUUAAAAUCAUAACCGCUGGA